AUGCCGGAUACAAAAUUCAUUGCACACAAGAGACAAUUUUGGGCUUCUGCAAAUGAUCAUCAGUUAUUGCCUGAAAGAAUUGCUGCUAGAGCAUCUAAACUGGAAAUGCGAUCCUUAUGGAACUCUGGCAUAAAUAAUGUAUGUGUGAGAUGUAGAAUUUCAAAGCCACCAUUGAACUUGUUCGCUACUGUAGGAAUUAAAAAGAGAGAAACUGUAAAUAAAAUCGUGGCAAAGGUGAUUGGGGUAGCAGCAAAGUCAACAUCUAACAAUGCUCCUCAAAUAAAGUAUGAUGUUUUCGUUAGCUUUAGGGGCAAGGAAAUCUACCAUGGCUUUCUUAGCCUUUUGAUUGACGCUUUUUGUCAAAAGCAAAUAAAUGCCUUUGUAGAUGAUACAGUUGAGAGGGGAGAACAUAUAUCACCGUCACUUCUUGAAGCAAUUGAAGGAUCAUCCAUUUCAUUGAUCAUAUUCUCAGAAGACUAUGCUUCUUCGUCCACAUGUUUGGAAGAACUUGUGAAAAUAAUUGAGUGCAAAGAGAAAUAUGGACAAACUGUGGUACCUAUUUUUUACCAAGUAGACCCCAAAGACGUAGAGCAUCAAAAAAAGAGUUAUGAAAAUGCAUUUGCUGAACAUGAAAAAAUGUACAAUAUGUCCAGGGUUCAAAUAUGGAGACAUGCUUUGAACGAAUCUACUGAUUUAUCUGGAAUUAAGUCAUCAGAUUUUCAGAAUGACGCUGAGCUACUUGAAGAAAUCGUUAAUCUAUUGUUGUUGAGGUUGAAUAAGCACCCAAUCAAUUCAAAAGGACUUGUUGGAAUUUGCAAACCAAUUGCACACUUAGAAUCAUUGUUAUGCCAAGAGUCAAAAGAUGUUCGAAUUAUUGGAAUUUGGGGAGUGGGCGGUAUUGGCAAGACAACUAUUGUUGAAGAAGUAUUUAACCAACAAUGUUCUAAUUAUGAAGGUUGUUGUUUCCUUGCAAAGGUACGGGAAGAAUUGGGAAGACAUGGAACAAUUUCUCUUAUGGAAAGACUUUUUUCUGCAUUAUUGGCAGAAGAUGUGAAGAUUAACACUCAAAAUGAAUUGUUAAAUUAUAAGAAAAGGAUUGGGUGUAUGAAGGUUCUUAUUGUUCUUGAUGAUGUGAAUGAUACAAAUCUAUUAAAAAUAUUAUUUGGAAAAGUUGAUUGGUUUGGAGCAGGUAGUAGAGUAAUUAUAACAACUAGAGAUCAGCAAGUACUUUCCACUAUCAAAGUGGAUGAUAUAUAUGAGGUUGGGCUAUUGAGCUACAGUGAAGCACUUCAGCUUUUCAAUUUUAAUGCCUUUAACCAAAGUCAUUUUGAAAUGGAGUAUUAUGAGUUAUUGAAGGAGGUGGUUAAUUAUGUGAAAGGCAUUCCAUUAGUUCUUAAGGUUUUGGGUAGUCUCUUUCGUGGGAAAGAUAAGAAAGCAUGGAAAAUUUAUCUAGACAAACUGGAAAACAUGCCAAGUAAAAAAGUUCAUGAUGUAUUGAGACUAUGCUAUGAUGACCUAAAUCACGAAGAGCAAGUGAUAUUUUUAGAUCUUGCAUGUUUCUUUGUUGGACUGGAUUUGGAUUUGGUUUCCAUAAUAACUUUAUCAAAUGAUCAUGACAAUGAUAACUCAAUAGCUGUUGGGUUAGUAAGUUUGCUAGAUAAAGCUCUUAUUACUAUUUCAGAAGAUAAGGUUAUAUCAAUGCAUGAUUCUGUACAAGAAAUGGGUUGGGAAAUUGUUCGCCAAGAAUCUAGUGAAGACCCUGGAAGCUGCAGUCGAUUGUGGGAUCCUGAUGACAUUUAUGAAGUUUUGAAUAAUAACAAGGGAAAUGAGGCCAUUAAAAGCAUGAGGAUAGACUUGUCAGCAGUUAGAAAGUUGAAGUUAAAUCCAACUGUAUUUGAGAAGAUGACUAAUCUCCAAUUUUUAGAUUUUCAUGGAGAAUAUGAUCAAGAUUGGUUGGAUAUUUUUCCUCAAGGGCUUCAAUCUUUGUCAAAUAAUCUACGAUAUCUAAAUUGGACGCAUUAUCCUCUGAAAUCCCUGCCAGAGAAUUUUUCUGCCAAAAAUCUUGUUAUAUUGGACUUAUCUUAUAGUAAAGUGGAAAAGCUUUGGAAUGGAGUGCAGAAUCUAGAGAAUUUGAAAAUUGUUAAACUCUGCAAUUGUGAAUUCCUCAAGGAGCUGCCAGAUUUUUCAAAAGCAACAAAUCUUGAAGUACUGAAUUGCAGUUGGUGUGUUCAAUUGACUAGUGUACAUCCCUCAAUUUUCUCUCUCAACAAGCUUGAAUUCUCAGUGACAUCAGAGAACAUGAUGGAACUACGUUUAACAGGUACAAGCAUCAAUGCAUUGCCCUCAUCUCUUGGACUCCAAAGCAAGAUGGAAACCUUAGUUGUAGGUUAUAGUGACAUUCAAAGCUUACCUUCAUGCAUUAAGGAUCUUACAAGACUGCGAUAUCUAGAUCUAAGACGUUGUUACGAGCUUCAAACUCUACCAGAGCUUCCCCCAUCCAUUGAAAUCCUACUUGUUGAAGAAUGCACAUCAUUGAAGACUGUAUUGUUCCCUUCAACACCUACUGAACGAUUUAACGAAAAUAGGAAAAGGGCUGAGUUUUGGAAUUGCUUUAACUUGGAUGAAGCUUCUCUCAUUGCUAUUGGGUUAAGUGCAUCUAGAAACAUAAGGAAAUUUGCUUGCCUGCAUAUAUUCCCAUCAAAACAUGAUCACGAUAAUUACAGUGAUUAUAAUCAAUCAAUGUAUGUGUAUCCGGGAAGCAAUGUUCCAGAGUGGUUAGAGUAUAAGACAAAAAACGAUUAUAUAGUUAUUGAUCUCCCUGCUGCUCAAAUUCCAUCUAUGUUGGGCUUCAUUUUCUGCUUCAUCAUUGGCAAGGACUCAGAAUAUGGUGAGAUAUUGAUAAUAGAUGUCACAGUUAGUGAUGGUGAUGGUGAAGGUAAAAAGGAAAAUUUUGAAAUGCACAUGACAAGGCCAUGUGCCAAAAUUGCAUUAGAUCAUGUGUGUGUGAUGUACAAUCAACAAUUUUCUGACUACCUAUUGAGCAGAGCCGAAUAUCAGAAAAGGUUUCAAAUAAAGGUUACAACAAGGAUGAAAUCCAGUGAAUCCAGAUAUAGACCAGAGGUGGCAAUAAAAGGGAUUGGAGUAAGCAAAAUAAACGGCUCCACAUAUUUGAAUUUCAUUCGAAUAAGAGAAUUGAUUUAUAUUGAAAACAACUGGGAUUCCCUUAUGCUUAGCAUCUUCUUAUGUAUUUCUGUCCUUCAAUUGAAGAUGAAAAAUUUGAUUUAG